UUUUGGUAGGUGCUUCUACAGCAAAUUUCUAGAGUUAAACAGCAGUUUACGCUAUUAUUUAUCUAUUUUUAAGUGCGAAAAGGUUUAAACCAUUUCCGCGUUGUAAAACUAGUGUGCACAAAUGCCUAGUGUUUGUUGUUAUUCGGAAAGAUAGUGAACUUCAAAAUUGGAAUCACACAAUCGCAGGGCAGGCGCUCCACCGGAGGCCGCAAACGGAUCUCUGACCGACCAGCAGCCAUGGCUUUGGGACGCUAUCAACAUCUAUACAAGCGAAACUGUGUCGGGAUGAUACCCAUAUUUGGUUCAUUUGUCGCUGGUGCUUUGCUAACCAUGCUCAUAGGCGGAGGGCAGCAAAACUGCGAGUCGAGCGAAAGAGUUUACCAACCUGAGAAUUCUUAUUUUCUUAUGCUUUUGAUUGUAAGCGCUCCAGGUAAUUUAGAACAACGUAAUGUUAUCAGAGAAACUUAUUUAAACUUAAGACCAAGAAUUCUUAAUGAAAGCUUCCAAGAAGCUAUUUACGUUCCUAUUUACGAUGGUCAAGACCAAUUGCAACUGGAAACCGUUGACAAACAAAUGGAGCUGUUGGAACACUACCGUCAAUGGCGUCAGCAAAAAAUCAGUAAUGUGAAAGUAAUAAAUUUUAAAAUAAAGGCAUUAUUUGCGAUUGGAACGUACGGACUAUCUCGGCCAGAGCGUAAAAUCAUUCACGAUGAGCAACGUGUUUAUAAUGAUGUACUGGAGUUGGAUGAUUUAAAAGAUUCAUACGGAAAUCUCACGGUGAAAGUUCUCCGCAGCUUAAGUAAGAUAGAUGAUAUGUAUGACUUUAAAUACCUAAUGAAACUAGACGAUGACUCAUAUGUAAAACUGGACUUGCUGUCGGAAGACCUGCUAAGUUAUUACGAAAAACUGCACAAGUUUUACAGAACACAUAAAAAACUCGUUGAAUUGUAUUGGGGUUACUUCAAGGGAGCAGCGACUAUUCAGCAGCACGGAAUAUGGAAAGAAACCGACUUUAAAAUUUGCGAUCGAUAUCUUCCAUACGCAUUAGGUGGAGGUUAUGUUCUUUCGAAAAAUUUGGUAUCCUUCAUAGCCAGCAAUAGUAGAACUCUUGUAGCCUACAAAAGUGAAGACAUGGCCGUUGGAACUUGGUUGGCACCAUUUGGAAACAUUCAUCGCCGGCACGAUGUUCGUUUUGAUACCGCGUGGAAGCCUAGAAAAUGUCAGGACUAUCAUCUAGUACUGCAUAAACGAAACACCCAUCAAAUGAAACGAAUCUACCAAGGAGAUUCGGUGUGCAGCUUUGAAGAUCAACAAAAUACUGCAGAAACAGCUCAGCACCCGAAGGAGUAUUUUUAUGACUGGACAGUAGCACCAUCGCAAUGUUGUAAAACGUUUGUUUAGUAUUACUAAAUCUAUUAGAGUUUAAAAAAAUGUGAUAAUGCGUCGUCCAAAUCAUGGUAUUUUUUCAUAGUUAUAUUGAUUGUGAUGUGCAAAUACCUGGAGCAAUCAGACAUUAUACAGCACAGAUAGGCAGCAACCUUUUUCCACCAGAAUAUAAAUAAAUAGGUCAUAUUCUCAUUUAGCCAUUGAAUAAUUUAAUCGUUAAAGUUAAAAAGUGAAAGAAACUCCAAAUUAACCUUAAUUAGAGAGGGGUUUGAAUCAAGUAUCCCCUCAUAACUAAAAUUGCCAAACACUUCGA